GCACAAGGCCGGCCGUCGCACUGCCUUGCAUGCGCGCAGAGAUCCUGUUCCUGUCCAUUCUCAGAUCUCUCAGCCCACCUCCUUCCCAGAGUAGAGGUGUUGGAUUUAGAGGUCCACGUGCGAUUCUUUGGCGUUCGAACAUUCGACUUCGUUUACGGUAGUGCCGGUGGAUCUACCCUCCAUUCUUGGAGUGGACACGAAGCUUUAGAAGGGCCUCGCUAGGGCCAGUCGUGCUUAUCGUGGUUUGUGGAGGGGGAGUGGGUCCGGGGUUGACUGUUUCGUGCGUCGGGAACGAAACAGCACAGGCGCUGUUGCCGCGGCUGCAGCCAUGCCCCGCCAGAGCAGCGCUUCGGCGCUCGGUGGAUCCGUGGUCGACGGGGAGGUGAAUGAUUUGGCCACGCUGACCCAUCUGGAUGAGGCGGUCAUGCUCCGCCAGAUGAAAACUCGCUAUCAACGUGAUGUCAUCUACACGUAUGUGGGAGACAUUCUAGUGGCUAUCAAUCCAUUCAAGCAGCUGAAGAUCUAUGACAGAGAGAGCGUUACCAAGUACAAGCGUACCAAGAAAGCCCUGCUACCGCCUCACAUCUACGCCAUUGCCGACGCUGCCUACAGCACAAUGGUGGAUAGUGGGAAAAAUCAGUGUUGCGUUAUCAGUGGCGAAUCCGGUGCCGGAAAAACAGAGUCAACCAAGCUACUCAUCAAUCAGGUGAUAGAACUCUGUCCGACCAAGACCACCAUGGGCUUGGAACAGAAGAUCAUACAGGUCAACCCGCUGUUGGAGGCGUUUGGCAAUGCCCAAACGGUGAUGAAUGACAACUCUAGUCGAUUUGGAAAGUACAUUCAGCUCAAGUUCAAAGGAGGACAAGUGCUUGGCGCUAAGAUCAAUGAGUAUCUGCUGGAGAAGUCGCGUGUGGUCAGUCAGAGCGUCGGAGAGGAGAACUUCCACAUCUUCUAUUACAUGUUUGCUGGCCUAAGCAAGGAGGAGAUGCAGCAAUACCGACUGACUAACGCGGACAGCUACAGGUACCUGAGCCAGGGAGAGAGUUGCCUGAGGAAGAGACGCAAGGAAUGCCAGGACGCUUUCAAUGAUCUGGUGAACGCCAUGGACUUGGUGGGCUUCACCGAAGAGAAUCAGAAUAACAUGUUUCAAGUGAUGUCCAUUGUCCUGAAUAUGGGCAACAUUGAGUUCAACGAAGGUGCCAACGACAGCUCCAGUGUGAAGACGUUUGACAGCCUGAAAACCACAGCGGAACUUGUCGGCAUUGAGCCAAAGGUCUUGGAAAGUUUCCUGACAACGCACGAGACAAUGACGGCCGGUGAGGUGAUCACCAUCAACCUGACCAAGCAGAAAGCAGAGGAUGCCCGGGAUGCCAUGGCCAAGGCACUGUAUGGUCGCGUGUUCAGCUGGAUCAUCAACCGUGUCAACAGCCUGCUGGCCCCGCAGGAUGACAGUCAGCGCGGUGACAGUACACAAAUCGGUAUUCUGGACAUCUUUGGAUUUGAGCACUUUGAGAAGAACAGCUUCGAGCAGUGCUGUAUCAACGUGGCCAACGAGCAACUUCAGUUCUUCUUCAACGAACACAUCUUCAAAUGGGAACAGGAGGAGUAUCGCAAGGAAGGUAUUGACUUCAAGGAGAUUGUCUACCUGGACAACAAGCCACUGCUGAGCCUGUUCUUGGAGAAGCCCAUCGGUCUGUUCAGCUUGCUCGACGAGGAGUCACGAUUUCCCAAGGCGACUGAUCUGAGCUUUGUCGGCAAACUGAACCAACACUUUGGCAAGCUGGAGCACUACGUGGCGUCCAAGGACUCGCGAACACCUCACUUUGUUGUCAAGCACUACGCUGGAGAGGUGAAGUAUGAUGGUGAUGGGUUUUUGGAGAAGAAUCGCGACUCACUGCCCUCCGGUGCUGUGGAGCUGUUGCAGAUCAGCAAGAAUGACCUCAUCCAUGACAUCUUCAUGGCAACACUGACACGAACUGGCACAAUGGCGUUGAAGAGUCGUCGUGGCCGCAGUCGAAAGACAAGGAAUCGCUUGCAAGCAGCUGGACGCGUGUCUAGAACAGCGGGCAAGGGCACGUCACUGAAGGGCGUCACCGUCAGUGCACAGUUCAAGAACUCACUGACAGUGCUGAUGGAGAAGAUGAAUCAGUGCAAUCCUCACUUCAUCCGGUGCAUCAAACCAAACAUGGGCAAGAGGCCCAAUGACUUCCAGGAUGACUUUGUCAUUGCUCAGCUACGCUACACGGGUAUGCUGGAAACAACACGUAUUCGCCGAGAGGGCUUUGCCAUUCGUCCAGACUUCAACGAGUUUGUGAACCGCUUCAAGCAUCUGGCACCGCUGAAGAUCGGCCAGGAUGCAAAUGGUGCAAGAAAGAUUCUGCAGGCUGCCGAUAUCAAGGGUUACCACAUUGGAAAAACCAAGGUGUUCCUGAAGUACUUUCACAUUGAUCAGCUGACGGACAAACUGGAGAGGAUUCACAAAGCAGCCACUAUGUGGCAGAAAGUUCUCCGUGGACACGUGGAUCGUCGCCGUGUGAAGAAGCUGCGUGAAAAGGCCAAGCAGGAGAAACAGCAGGUAGCUGACUUCCUGGUGCAGCUGCCCAGUAAUCUGGUCAACACCAGCAAGCGCAUGCAAGCCAUCAUGGCCGCUGACUUCAAGCGUCCUCACGACUAUUUCAAGGCCAAGGCCAAGGCUAAGGAGCCAGCCAAGCCUCUGAUCGCCCUGAAUGACAUGCCUCCACCGUUGCCUCCCUUGGCUGAUGAGAAAUUCCCCCGUGAUGAUGAUGAGGAUGACGACGACGACGAGGAUGAGUUUGAUGAGAACGACGAGGUGAAGCCCAUGCCAAUCUCCAAGAAACACGGUGCAAAGUUUGGUCGCGAAGGCACCAAGGCAGCCUCUGUGCGCUGGUUCAAAGAGACCCAGGCCAAGUCGGGUGCGAAGAAUGAGGAGGGAAACUUCCAGGAUUGGUUCCACGGCAUCAUCACAAGAAGGCGUGCUGAGCAGUUGCUGACCAACAAGGACAUCGGAGCAUUCUUGGUGCGUGUCAGCGAAAGCCGUUUCGGCUACUCCCUGUCUUUCCGAGUUGCCACACGCGUGAAGCAUUUCAUGAUCGACCAGACCAUGUCGGGCAAGUACAUAGUGGUCGGCGAGCCCAAGGUUCACAAGAGUCUCCACGACCUCGUCGUCUAUCACCAGCGGUGUGGCAUUGGCGAUGAACACGAACUUCUGUCGGUGCCGUGCGGUCAGGAUAGCGGUGACGACGAAGAUGAGUUUGACUACGCCGAUCUGAUGGAUCAUGGUGGUGAGCAGGCGCUGAUGUUCCGCAGUCCGUCAUCCACGUCAUCCAUCGGCCAAUCACCAAACAUGAGACGCAGGGUUCACUCUGGCCACCACAGGCCUGUAUCCACUCACUCCGCCCAGCACCAGCAGUUCCCGUCGGGCACACAAUCCCGCGGCGGUACUGGCAGUCGAGGCUAUGCUGCCGGCCCUCCAGACCCGGGCUAUCGGCAACAGCACAUGAUGUACCCGGACGAGGAUCCACGCAACCGACGUCACGCCACCAAUCCACCGCCAAUGUUCUCCGCCCCGAAGCUGCCAGGUCAACGCCUGGGCCCCGGCGGCGGUAGUCCACACAUGCCGCAGAGAAUGCACAGUAAUAGUUCAGUUGGGCAAGGACAGAUGCGAUCUGCUCGGUCACCGCGAAGCACCGCACGAAAUGAGGCACCCCCACCACUCCCACCUCGCUAACGAUCCCCAUAAAAAUCCACAUGCCACCCCCCCCCCCAUUUGCACGAUUCAUGCCCCCCCCCCCUUCUCCACAAAUUUCACAUCCCUAAAUAGCCGCUGCAGCCGUCCUUCCAUUUUUUCUUCUUCUUUUUUUUUCAUUUUUUGAUUCUUUAAACUGAUUUUCAUUAGGAUUUGAAAUUUCUGGCCGACCAAAUUUUAUUACGAAACUUUAUACAUUCCAUUGCAGUAGGUAAGGUCAAUCAAAUUUAUGAGAAUUUUUUUGUGGGAAUGUAGUGCAAAAAUAUCUUCAUCUCUGAUUGGGAAUUUUCUGAUGAACAUAAGUUUCUAUUUCUAUUCGAGGAUAUAAAUUCAUAUAUUACGAAGAA